GUCUGACAUGCGUAAUUACGCACCGCUACUUUUUUUCCACGCUUGAUCUCUCCCGUGAAGUGACAGCGUUGUGCGUUUUCAGCUUGGAGCGUGUGUGUGUGUGUGUGUGUGUGUGUGUGAGGGGGAUAAAAACCGGAGGAUGUCCCCACGGCGGAGAGGAAGAGGCUCCUUUAAAUAAACCCACUCGCCCUCGGUAGGGAGAGAGAGAGCUCCGGUAAACAACAACACGGCGCAGGGAAGUCUUCUUUGCCGCUCUACAGCUGCAUUGCAACCUCGCUGGAAGCCCAUAAAGGACAAUCCCAACGUUUUAUUGUGAUCGAUAUCGUUAUCGCUGCCAUUGCGGAAGUGAAGAGCAGCACACAAACAGUCAACUUUGUGCUGUGGGGACAUCUAGUGGCGUAAAGCAGGCACUGCAGCUCCUGGCAGCAGCCAUGUAUGGGUCUUCCGGCAUCCCCGAGCUCGUCCCACCCACUGCCCCGCCCAUCCAGCCCGAUCAAGGGGGCCAGCACGGCCCAGGUCAAGACCAGGGCAGCGGUCCCAACCCCCAGAGGCUUGGCCAGAGGGCUCCCAAACUGGGCCAGAUUGGUCGCUCCAAGAAAGUGGACUUGGAUGACGAAGUGUUGGACGACAUCAUGAACAACAACGGCCAGUGUCCCGUGUCCCUCCCCAUGUCCUGAGUGAGGACAUCUGCCACCAGAAUGUCUCCAUGCUUGAUGCCAAGUGUCUCCAGCAUAGGCUGGUGAGGGUGUGAGAGGCCCAAAGAGGGGCGGAACCUACGCCUUCAUUGUAAAAUCAUGUCACCUCUUUCCAGACUUUUCAUGGCUCUCUGUGCCCUCCCCUCCUCUUAACCCUAGGAGGUCUUCGAGUUGACUUGUAAACGACAGCUGGUUGCGUGGAGUUGCACUGGAGUGUGUUAGUGAGAGGCUGAGAUGGCUUUGGAGCAUCCUUGCAGGAGGAGUGUCUUCUGUACUGGUCAUACUGGUCAUACUGGUCAAGUGCUUUCUGUAUUAACCAGGAGAUGGAAGCUUGCAAUUUAUGACAUUUCGCAAAAAACGACUGAUUUGUAUUGCUUUUAAAAGACGAGAAACACUUUUGUGCUGUAUUUUUUUUUCUUCCUUUUAAAGUUUCUAAAUGGUUAUUGUUGGUUUGCACUUUGUGGGAAUGCUUUACGUUACGUGCAGUGACGUGUUGCACACUUCUAUGCAUGAAGUACGUGAGAGCAUCGUCCCCAAACUCGGUCUUUAAAGGGCUAAAAAUACGUGGUAUAGUAUUUAUCACACCGCACCGCUGUGGCCUGCAUGCUGAGGGCCGAGUCGCCGUGGCAACCGGGAGAUAGCAAUGUCUUGUUUAUAUUAAUGACACAGUACUGGUUUCAAUGGACAGGACAGGACAAUCACACCAGGAUGAGAAGCACCAAAUUAUUUUUUGUUAUUAUUGUUGUGAUCCAGAGAUGCUUGUGGUGAUAAAUUGUUGACUUAUUUAUUUUUGACUUAUUUGGCUGUAAGAUUGUUACAACUUCUUUGUUGUUGUUGUUGUUGUUGUUCUUGUUGUUUUUUAAUCAAGAUAUUUUUAUGUUGUUUGCAUGGAAAUGGCCAGCCUUUCAAACUGCAUCCACGGAAAUAAAAUACAUAUCUUCAUGAGAUAAUUGUUAUUUUGUCAGCUAGCUAAACAUCCAACAAUUGUAAUGACGAGUGGAGCUCGUUUAUCGCUGAGCAGGUGCCCACAAUGUGACAGGUUGCACAUAGCAUGCGGCACAGAAUGAGGUUUUGACACAUAAGAGUCGACUUUCUAUUUUUAUCCAAGUUUGUGGUUUGGAUUCUUUUCAUCAGCAUAACAACUAAAGAAUGCAUGUGAAUGCAUUUUUCCCCUCUCUCAUUACAACACCAUGGAAAAUGCUGCCUUUUAUUUCAUACAAGUACAUAACGCUACAUGCAAGAGUAUGUCAUGUAAAAGAAAACAAAGUGUGAAAGUCAUACAUAUGGCAAAAAUAAAUAUUUGCAAAUA